UAAAGUGUACAAAAUGGGUGUACCAAUAGCAUUUUCCAUGUUAAAAUACUGAAAAACAAAAUGCCCCGAGAAGCUAAAGAAGCCAUCAUCCCACGCAAUCCAGAAUCCGAGAUCUGAUUCCAAGCACCAACCCCCUAUGUAUGCUUAAUGCUUCCUUCUCUACGUUCAUCACUGCUGGCCUUCCUCUCCUUUCUCAAUCUUUCAACCAUUGAUUAACCCCAACUUUGUCUUCAACUCUCCGCAUCAAAUCCCAAGGCUUUUGGCCGAUUCUGUUUCUGGGUUCUUUUGUUUCCCAUCGCGAGUUGCCAUUUGAUCCAACAGGGUUUUGUUGCCGUGGAUCUUGUUGUUGUCCCGUUGUUUGGUAUUUGGUCCGUCAAUGGGCGUUCUGGACGAGGGGCACAUCAACGUGGAGCUUGAAGAUGGAUUCAGCCUUGGGGUCUUCGAGGAAGAUCCGGAUACCAUAGCCAUAGAGGCCGCUGUGAAGGUCCUGUUGGAAGGUUUGGGUGAAGAUAUCAAUCGAGAAGGUCUACGAAAGACCCCAUUUCGUGUUGCCAAGGCCCUUCGAGAAGGAACUAGAGGCUACAGCCAGAAGGUGAAGGAUAUUGUUCAAGGUGCUGUAUUCCCUGAAGCUGGAUGUGAAAGUGGAAUUGGUCAUGCUGGAGGAGCGGGUGGGCUUGUCAUUGUUCGAGAUCUUGAUCUCUUCUCUUACUGCGAAUCCUGCUUGCUGCCUUUUCAGGUCAAGUGUCAUGUUGGCUAUGUGCCAUCCGGGCAGCGAGUUGUAGGCCUAAGCAAGAUGUCUCGGGUUGCUGACAUAUUUGCAAAACGGCUACAAGAUCCACAACGUCUGGCAGAUGAAGUGUGUUCAGCUCUGCAACAAGGGAUCAAACCAUCAGGGGUAGCUGUCAUUCUGCAAUGCUCACACAUGAACUUCCCAAACUUUGAAUCAGCCUUUCUUGAACAAAACCACCAGGGAUGGGUGAAAUCGUGGGUUUUGUCAGGUUCAGGAGUCUUUGAAAAUGAAAGGGCGGACAUUUGGGUCGAUUUUCUGAGUCUCCUAAAGUUCAGGGGCAUAAACGUCGAGACCUGUUCCAGAGACUUUACUGCCAAACAUUGGUGCCCUUCUCAAGCCACUUCUAAACUUGGGGCUGCCAGUUCAGGAAUGGUUGCUGCAGUAGCUUCGAUUCUUCGUUGUUUGGACGAGGACCCAUCAAGGAAGGAGCUCGUAGAAACACCCAGUCAUUUCGUGAAGUGGCUGAUGAAUUUCAAGAACUGUGAUUUGGAGAUGAAGCUGAAUGGGUUUGUUCUUGGCCAAGCACAGGCUCUUAAACCGGUUGGGGAUGUCAUUUGCGACGAUGAACGCAUUCAUUCUGAGCUGAACUUGUCAUUCUGGUCCCAGUGUGAACAUCAUCUACUUCCUUUCCAUGGUGUUGUGCAUAUAGGAUACAUUUGUACUGAAGGAGUCAAUCCAAUUGGGAAGUCUCGUCUACAGUCAAUAGUUCAUUUCCAUGGUUUUAAGCUCCAAGUACAAGAAAGGCUAACCAGACAAAUAGCAGAGACAGCUUCAUCACUGCUAGGCAGAGAUGUAAUGGUGGUGGUGGAAGCUAACCACACUUGUAUGAUCUCUAGAGGAAUUGAGAAGUUUGGAAGCAACACUGCUACAGUUGCCAUCUUGGGUCGCUUUUCAACCGACCCUGCUACAAGGGCGAAAUUUUUGCAGGGUAUUGCAAAUUUUGCUUCUGCUGGUGCCUGGUGGAUGUAAGCUAAUCUAAGGACCUUAGGUGCACUACUAUUUUUCUGGCAAAAUUGGCCACCUUUCUCCAUGCUUGCUUUAGCUCUUCAGCUGUCUUUUGUGGCUGGCUAUGGCAAAACUUAGCUACAAGCAUAUCUCACAUGUGCUAGUCUUAGCUUUUAGAGCAUUUUUCUAGACCCUGAAAGAAGAGUGAUAGCUGGGGAAUAUCAUUUUAUCUCUUAUUCAAUUCAUCAUCUAGUUAACAGCUGUUUGUAGCUUAGGGCAUUGAAUUUUUUCACAUGUGGUUUACUGCCAAAGAUAUGUUUCACUGUACCAGUUCUAUAAUAAUAAUAAUAAUAAUAAUAAUAAAAGAGAUUGUUAAAAUGAAUGAAUGA